GAUUGUGUAGUUGUCAUCUGUUACGGUCUCUCAACUUUUGACGUUUGUGAUCUGUUCUCUACUGAUUUGCAUACACAUUCUCGUUGGUAUUGUGUUUCUUCCCAAUUUCUUCAGUUCUCUAGGAUGCAAUAAUCGUGGGACGUAACUGUUGCGACCUUUUGUAUCGUAUUUAGAAGACUUCAGUUUCCUAUUGAUUUUGUCUGGUUGGUAGUACCAUUAGUUGUUUAAUUAAAACGCUCGAAAUAUGACAAUGGGUGAUGAGACGCCAGUUACAACGCUAAUAUUGCCCGUUUUAAUACGCCCUAUAUUAUCACAGUUGGAGCGCAGAGAUGUGACUGCUUCACAAACACUGAGGGCAGCUCUUUCUAGGGCUGAAUCAAAUUAUCCAGGCCUUACAUAUGAUCUUGUUGUGGGUAUUCUUAGGCGUGGUGAUUUGAAUGUUAAUAUGAAUGAGAGCAUCUUGAGGUUACAAGGUGCCCUUACAGAUGCUGAUGUUGUGGAACAUCGAUUGAACCGUUCUGAAGACGCAUUCCAAGAAUUAAAUAGAAAAUCAGCAACACUCAAAAAGAUUUUAAGCCGGAUACCUGAUGAAAUAACAGAUCGUAAAACAUUUCUAGAAAUUAUUAAGGAAAUUGCAAGUGCCAUUAAAAAAUUGCUUGAUGCCGUGAAUGAAGUGAAUGGUUUCAUCCCCGGAUCAAGUGGCAAGCAAGCCCUAGAUCAAAGGAAAAGGGAUUUUGUAAAGUAUUCAAAAAGGUUCAGUAACACUUUGAAGGAAUACUUUAAAGAAGGACAAGCCAAUGCAGUAUUUGUGAGUGCUUUAUAUUUGAUACAUCAAACAAAUAUGAUCAUCUCAACGGUAAAGAAUAAAUGCGAGUAACACAGGAGCAAACUCCGUACUAUCCAAACUAAUAAUUAUAAUAUUAAAAAAUAUGUUAAAAAUUAACGCGACGGGUGAACUUGCGCCAUUAGCAGAAAGUAUUUUAACCAAUAUAUGCAUAUAGCAUGAAAUAUUUAAUAUUAACAAUAAUUAUUUAAUGUUAAGGUAUCAACAAAGUUGCCGGAGAAUGGCAUAGAUGUCAACAAUAUUUUGGAUGAAAAUGUUAUUGAGUGAUACAUGCAACAGGAAUAAGUAUUGUUUUGAGGCAUUUCUUUUUCUGUGACAAUCAGUAAAAGUUCUUAUUUAUGUAAUAAUGUUUCUGGGAAAAGGUAUAUAUUAUGUUCAUGUCGGUUUAAGUUGAAUUAUUUUUAAGAAAAUACUUUAGUUAUGUGUAUGCCAAACCUGUUGAUAAACUAUGAGAGAACUAA